CUGAAGUUUUACGUGGUAAACCAUAUACAAAAGCUGCGGAUAUUUAUAGUUUUGGUAUUAUUAUGUGGGAAAUGGUAUCGGGGAUUUCUGCAUUUCAUAAUAUUACUCAUGAUUUGAGUUUAUCGUUGGAAAUUUGUGAAGGUUUUAGACCAAAAAUCGUGAAAGGAACUAUGCCUGAAUAUGUAAAAUUAAUGAAUAGAUGUUGGAAUAAUAAUCCUGAUAAAAGACCAACAGCAGAUGAAUUAUCAAAAAUAUUUGAAAAAUGGUCCGACAAAUUUCCAAUCGAAUUAGAUGAAGAAAAAAGAAAACCAGUUCCAGAAAAUGAAUCAGAAGUAAUUUAUCAUCCCGAAGCCUAUUAUAUUAGUAGGAAGAUAGAUUAUACAAAUAAAAUUAAUGAAAUUUUGGCACAAAAUGAAUUAAGUGAUAAAAUUGAAAUUUUAGAUGAUAAUAUUGAUGAUAAUGACUCUUUAGAAAAUUAUAUAAUUGAAGAUGAUUAUUAUUAAAUGAAAGUAGGGAUUGGAACCGAUUCUGAAAAAAAAUAGUAAAAUCGAUUCGAUUCAACAUGUAGCGGCAUUGUAGCGCUGAUCAUUUUGCUAAAAUCGGGAACAGAUUUUUGACGCCAGGCUGACCGUCUAUGGAAAAAAAAAAAAAAA